AUGACCCCCGCCCUCGUGGUCCUGCUCUGCCUGGGCUGUGCGGGCCCCAGGACCCGAGUGCAGGCAGGGACCCUCCCCAGACCCAGCCUCCGGGCUGAGCCAGGCUCUGUGAUCGCCCUGGGCAGGCCUGGGACCCUGUGGUGUCAGGGGACCCUGGAGGUCCAGGAGUGCUGUCUGUAUAGAGAGGGAAUCCCAGAGCCCUGGGACAGAGCGAUGCCCCUGGAGCCCGGAAACAAGGUCGGGUUCUCCAUCCAACACAUGGCUGUGGAGUACGCGGGGCGCUACCGCUGUGUCUGCGUCAGCGCUGCUGGCUGGUCAGAGCCCAGUGACGCCCUGGAGCUGUGGGUGUCAGGAGCCUACAGCAAGCCCAGCCUCUCAGCCCUGCCCAGCCUCUCAGCCCUGCCCAGCGCCGUGGUGACCGCAGGGGGCAAUGUGACCCUCCAGUGCCGCUCCCAGCUGGGAUUCCACAGGUUCAUUCUGACAGAGGAGGGGGCGCCCUCGGCCGCCAGGACCCAGAGCUCAGAGCUACGCCCCGGCACGGAGUUCCAGGCCCUGUUCCUUGUGGGCCCCGUGACUCCCGGCCGCAGGUGGGCGUUCCGAUGCUAUGGCUCCUACAGGGAGAAUCCUUCUGUGUGGUCGGAGCCCAGUGAUGCCCUGGAGCUCAUGGUGACAGCCCCAGCUCCCCAGGACCACACCGUGGAGAACCUCAUCCGCAUGGGCGUGGCGGGCUUGGUCCUGCUGGGCCUCGGGCUGCUGCUGGCGGAGGCUUGGUACAGCCAGAGAAGGACCCGGGCUGCAGGGACCAUGGGCGGCGGGGCCCUGACCCCGGCCCUCACUGCCCUCCUCUGCCUGGGGCUGUGCCGGGCGCCAGGGGAUGGGGCACAGGCGGGGACCCUCCCCAAGCCCUCCAUCUGGGCUGUCCCAGGCCCCCUGGUCGCCGUGGGGAGCCCUGUGACCCUCUGGUGCCAGGGGUCUCUGCAGGCUGAGGUCUAUCGUGUGCAUAAAGAGGACAGCCUACAGCCCUGGGAAAUGCGGCCCCAGCAGGACUCCAGACACAAGGCCAGCUUCGCCAUCAUCCAGUCCAUGAGCUCUACGACAGGGCAGUACUGGUGUGUGUAUCAGACCCCGCUCGGCCUCUCCCAGCCCAGUGACCCCCUGACCCUGGUGGUGACAGGGAUGUUCCCGGCGCCCUCUCUGUCAGCCCAGCCAAGCCCCGUGGUGGCGUCAGGAGGGGACGUGUCCCUCUCCUGUGGCUCUGAUGAGGCGGGCAUUGCCCAUCUGCUGAAGGAGGGCGGAGCCAGCCCCCAGCACAGCCUGGAAGCCAGGUUCUCCCAUGGGGCUGGGGAGUGGCAGGCCACCUUCCUCCUGGGCCCUGUGGACAGCACCCAUGGGGGCAUCUACAGGUGCUACCACGCUCACACCAACGCCGCCCACGUGUGGUCCCUGCCCAGCGACCCCCUGGAGCUCCAGGUCACAGGUGAGGGCCCACUCAGACCCAGCCAGCUGUGGGAUGCUCCCUCCACACCGCUGUCCUCUCUCCCAGGAAUGUACAGGAACCCCUCCCUGCAGGCCCAGCCGGGGCCCUCGGUGCCCUGGGGAGCGAUGGUGGCCCUGCGCUGUGGCUCCCAGGAGGCGAUGGACACCUUUCUCCUGCACAAGGUGGGCUCAGGCGCCCCUCCCCAGCGCCUGCGUGUCCCGGGCUCCACCAAAGCUGUUCAGGCCACCUUCAUGCUGGGUCCUGUGACCUCGGCCCACGGGGGAACCUACAGGUGCUACUGCGCCCACAGCACCGACCCCUACCUGUGGUCACAGCCCAGCGACCCCCUGCAGCUUGCGGUGUCAGCCCCAGCGCCCCAGGACCACUCCCUGGAGAACCUCAUCCGCCUGGGCGUGGCGGGCUUGGUCCUGCUGGGCCUCGGGCUGCUGCUGGCGGAUGCUUGGUACAGCCAGAGAAGGAGCCGGGCUGCAGGCCGGCAGUGA